AUGCCGGCUGCAGCACCUACGCGGUCAAUUCUUGAGCUCUCAAAGAGGAAACCAAAGAAAGUAAUCGAUUUAGUAGUUCCUGAAACUCGGCUGGAAUUGUGGACAAAAAUGGAACCGAGGGGGUUGUUGUCUGCAUACUUGCAGUUAUCCAAGUCGAAGCUAACGAUGCUGAUCUCGUCCACCGCUAUUGCUGGUUUUCUAAUGGCACCUGUGACGGCACCGAUAGCUACUCUCGCAGCAUGUGCGGCAGGGACAGCUUUACUUUCUUCAUCCGCCAAUGCUUGCAAUCAGUUGCUUGAAUCACCCUACGAUGCUCAAAUGAAGCGCACGCAAAGUCGUGUUCUUGUUGUCCACAGGUUCUCCCCACUUCAUGCUCUUUCGUUUGCCAGUGUUGCGGCCAUAACUGGUAUUGCAACAUUAUAUGUGUUGGCGAAUCCAUUAACUGCAGCUCUCGGGGUGGUGAACAUCUUCCUUUACGCUGGCUUGUAUACACCUCUCAAACGCACGCAUAUUGCAUGCACUUGGGUCGGUGCCGUGGUAGGAGCAAUUCCGCCACUAAUGGGUUACGCCGCAGCAACCGGAACAAUCGACGCAUCGGCUCUCUGCCUAGCUGCUAUUCUAUAUUCUUGGCAGUUUCCCCAUUUUAAUGGAUUGUCGUGGAAUCUUCGAGGAGACUAUAGCAAGGCUGGAUAUCGUGUUAUGUGCGUUACCAAUGAGCGACUCUGCCGGGUUACAUCGAUUCGACAUAGCUUGGCACUGUCUCGGCUUUGCAGUUUUGCUGCGCCAUUAACGAAUCUCACGACGAUUACUUUCGCUUUAGACUCUCUUCCUGUGAAUGCAUAUUUAUGCUGGCUGGCGUAUAAGUUUUACUCUGCCCCGGAUGCUAGCAAUUCCCGACGAUUAUUUUUUUAUAGCUUGCUCUACUUACCUUUGAUAAUGAUUUUGAUGGUAGUGAGCAAUUAUGGACGCAACGUCGAGCAGAAAGUGCCGCUACUGGAACGCGAUUGA